CUGAGAAGACCGAUACCAACUGCUGCAGUCAGGCUUCGUGACAAGAAGUUGCUUUUCGGAGGAAGGAGCUGCAGUGCUCUGCUGGCCUGUCAGCAGAUUUCUGACAACUCCAGACCCCGUUUGCCCUCGCAGCUGGGAUUUUGCCAUCCCAAACCAGAUAUCUGCCGUUUCCCGCAUUGAUACAAGGCGGCGUGUGAAUUGCAACUGCCAGCUACGUUGCUCAAGGGCGAGGAAUCUCUCUUCCCCCUACCCCACCCCCCUUCCUGUAUAGCUGGACGUUAGAGCAAACACGCUGAGAUGUCUAAAAAGCAAAAUACAAAAGAUCCGUCUGGGUUUAUUUUUGAUGUGCAGUCCAAUACUGUGAUGGCCCAAGGAGGAACCUUUGAAAACAUGAAGGAGAAGAUCAGCGCGGUGCGUGCAAUAGUCCCCAACAGGAGCAACAAUGAGAUUGUCCUUGUGCUGCAGCAUUUUGACAACUGUGUGGACAAAACAGUGCAAGCAUUUAUGGAAGGUAAUGCCAGUGAAGUACUGAAAGAAUGGACUGUAACAGGCAAAAAAAAGAACAAGAAGAAGAAAACCAAACCGAAACAGCAAGCUGAAUCGAGCCCCGGCCUCCCAGACCCCGGUAAAUUGGUGUCCACUGAAGAGGAGCAGUCGGCAAACUCGGAGAAGGGUGGAAUUAACGGUUUCCAUGUCAACGGCUGUGCCCACGACACGGAGUCUGUGGACUCGCUCAGCGAAGGUUUGGAUGCACUUUCAAUUGAUGCCAGAGAGCUGGAGGAUUGCGAGUCUGCUGCACCAGACAUGCCUGAUAGAACAGCAGUGCCUGAACUAGAGAAUGGAAUAGCAGACUUUGACACAAAAUCGCUCAUCAUGCAUCCUUCCCAGAGCCCUUCGUCUCUUAGACAGCGGCCUGAGCAGAGGAGUGCUAGCAGGUCUCUGUCCAGAUCAACAGCGAGCAAUUCAACUCCUGCGUCCCUGUCUGUAAUGCGGCUGGAAGAUGUUCCAGUUUCACCUGCAAACAAGAAGCUAGGUUCUAAUAUUGAAAAAUCAGUGAAGGAUCUCCAGCGCUGCACCGUUUCACUGGCUCGGUACCGGGUUGUGGUGAAGGAGGAAAUGGAUGCUUCCAUUAAGAAGAUGAAACAGGUCUUUGCUGAACUGCAGAGCAGCCUUAUGGAUCGCGAGGUGGCGUUGCUGGCUGAAAUGGACAAAGUGAAAGCAGAAGCAAUGGAAAUUCUGGUCAGCCGCCAGAAGAAGGCAGAAGCCCUGAAGAAGAUGACUGAUGUGGCAGUGCGAAUGUCGGAGGAGCAGCUGGUCGAGCUCAGAGCCGACAUAAAGCACUUUGUGAGCGAACGGAAGUACGACGAGGACCUGGGCAGGGUGGCGCGGUUCACGUGCGACCUGGACACGCUGAAGAAGAGCAUCGCCUCAUUCGGCCAAGUUUCCCAUCCAAAGAACAGCUACUCCACCCGACUGCGGUGCAGCUCCGUCGCAGCCGCCUCCCUGAGCGGUCCCAGCGAGACCUCUGCUCCCUCCACCCCCGCGUGUGCCUCCGCCGCAAGCCUUACCACGGCGAGCAAGAAGCCCUCGUCCUCAGCCGAGGCAGCCGUGGGGAAUGCCACCGGCCGCCCUCCCCAGCCUUCGCGAGAGGCUUUCCAGGGGAACAGGCGGCCAGGAGCGUGGCCCAGGUCCCAAGGCCAGCGCCACGUCAGCCCCCCGGCCCCCGGCCGCUACAACAACGGCAACCGACACAGGAACGGGCCGGGCCAGGCCCACGGCAGGCGGCAAACCUCGCCCCUGGCAGCCUCCCCUGGCAACCCCAGCCAGACUCAGCCCACGGGCACCAGCGGCGCCUCGGGGCGGCCCGGCCCCCCUCCCUCCGGCACAGAGACCAAGGGCCUCCCGCAGCGUAAGCCCAGAGCCAGUCGUCAGGAGGGAGCGAACUCCUGAGAGCCCCCGGGCUCUCCCUUCCUGCCACAAGUCCCACGUGAGAACCAGGCUGUAGGAAGCUCCUAGCUAGGAUACUAACGAAGGAAAGUUUACACUUCUCAUUUUUCGUGCCAUUUUUUUUUGUUUGUUUUCUUCUCUCGUCCUUUUCCCUUCCUCCCCCCCCCCCUCUCCUUUGCUUUGGGUUCUUCUCACGCCUGCGCCGCACCGUCGGAGCGGGUUCAGGCCGUCUCUCUCUUGCCCUUUUCCUUUCCCCUCCAGAAAUUCACCUUCGUCGGCCCAAUCUCUGGCAGCGCUGGCCAAAACCCAGCCCCCAGCAUCUUUUCUUCUGUGCACCAACAUCUGGGCCUCGCCUCGGGGGAGCGGCCCGUGACAGCCCAUCCCUCCUGCUGG